CUCUCAGAGCAAAAUUGACAGAAAAGAUGAAUGAUUUCUUCAAAAUUAUGUUUUUCAGCAUAUUGGUGAUCACUACCGCCUUAGGAGUUCAAUUUGAAAAAUCCAAGAAAAAUGUGGUCUCUGAUAAUAGAAACCAACUUCCAAACCCAAUUUCAGACACAAUUGAUAGGGAAAGAAAAUGUUUAGUGCAGGAAGAAUGUAGUAACUUAACAUGUCCACCUCAUAGGUUUCCAGAGUGUAUUGAUUAUUAUUGUGAAUGUGUUAUCCGUAGAAGAAUCUAA